GUGUUUGCCGUGUCCGUGUGUCCCUCCCUCCCCCCGGUCUCCCGGUACCGGCCCCCGCCCUACAUGGACCAGUGAGCCCCCCCUACCGGCCGGACACAGACAUAAGGUUGUCCUUUCAAGCUUUGCCGCACUGACUCUUACCUGCACUGAACGCUGUCUUAUCUGCAGUCGCUGCCACUGAUGGACGGGAACAUGACUCAAGUUCAGAAUACGCCUGCCACCCUCUCAGGAAACCAGAUCCCGAACAAGAAUCAGCCUUCUCUCUCACAACCUCUGAGUGUCCCUUCAACUGCCACUCCGCUGCCGUCUGAAAACGCAGGUCGGCCUCUUCAAAACUCUGCUUUACCCCCAUCAUCGGUCACAUCAAUUAGCGCAGCUACAGUUUCUUCUAACAUGGCAAACCCCAAAGAGAAAACUCCAAUGUGUCUUGUGAAUGAGUUAGCCCGUUUCAAUAAAGUCCAACCCGAAUAUAAACUACUGAGUGAGCAGGGGCCCGCUCAUUCAAAGGUCAUUCCGCUGGGACGCUGGCAGGAUUACAGCCUUCUUGAGAGAGUGGGAGAAGAUCGCCCAAGACAAAUGUUCACCGUUCAGCUCACUUUAGGGGACCAGAACUGGGAGGCCGAAGGGACAAGUAUAAAAAAAGCUCAACAUGCUGCUGCUGCCAAGGCCCUGGAGGGGACAAAAUACCCCAAACCUACAGCCCGCCCAUCUCGCGGUGAGAUAAAAAACCCAGAUAGCAUAACACCUACCGUGGAGCUGAAUGCAUUGUGUAUGAAACUUGGCCGGAAGCCUAUAUACAAGCCCCUGGACUCAUACACAGGCAUCCGCUCGGCUUACAGCUACAACAUGAGAGGAGGCGGCUACCCCCCACGGUACUUUUACCCGUUUCCGGUCCCACCCAUGCUUUAUCAAGUUGAGCUCUCUAUUGGUGGUCAAUUGUUUCACGGCAAAGGAAGGACACGGCAGGCAGCUAAACACGACGCAGCUGCCAGGGCGCUAAAGAGCUUAAAGCACGAGCCGCUUCUUGGCAAACCAGAGCUUAAUGGCAGAGUGCCUGAUGAGGAGAAUCUUAAUAAAUCUGAAAUAAGCCAAGUGUUUGAAAUUGCCCUUAAAAGGAAUUUACCUGUGAACUUUGAGGUCACCAAGGAGUGUGGCCCUCCGCACAUGAAGAGCUUUGUAACGAAAGUCUCAGUUGGUGAAUUUUAUGGGGAAGGGGAAGGGAAAAGCAAGAAAAUAUCCAAGAAAAAUGCUGCUAUGGCGGUGCUGGAAGAACUGAAGAAACUUCCGCCGCUACCAACGGUUGAGAAAAUGAAGCCAAGAAUUAAAAAGAAAACAAAAUCAAUUGUAAAGCCCCCAACAAGCCCGGAGUAUGGUCAAGGAAUGAAUCCCAUCAGUAGACUAGCUCAAAUACAACAAGCAAAAAAAGAUAAAGAACCAGAAUAUGUGCUUAUCACAGAGAAGGGACUCCCGAGGCGCCGGGAGUUUGUCAUGCAGGUUAAAGUUGGAUCUCAAACUGCAGAAGGAUCAGGCACCAAUAAGAAAGUAGCUAAACGUAAUGCUGCGGAAAAUAUGUUGGAGAAGUUAGGCUUUAAAGUCCCACCUCCUCCCCCAAAAUCUGCCAUUAAAACAGAUGAAAAGGCACCCAUGAAGAAACCUGGAGAUGUAAGGAAAGUAACCUUUUAUGAGCCGGGAUCUGGAGAAGAAGUCAAUCAUAACAAGGAUGAAGAGUUCCGGAUGUCCUAUCACAGCCAUCAGCAGCUCCCCGCUGGGAUACUACCCAUGGUUCCAGAAGUUGCCCAAGCUGUUGGGGUUAAUAAAGUACUUCACACCAAAGAUUUCAAUAGGGUGGCCCCCAACCCAGUGAAUGCAACAGUGACUGCCAUGAUUGCAAGAGAGCUCCUGUACGCCCGCACCUCCCCCACCGCAGAAACCAUCUUAAAGAAUAAAAACUCACCCUUACCCCAUAGUCCACUGACCAGGCCCUCUGAGCAGCUAGCAUUUCUAUCCAAUGUCCAAGAAAUACAGGUCGAGUAUAAAGAUUUCCCCAAGAACAAUAAAAACGAGUUUGUGUCACUAAUAAACUGUUCCUCUCAACCUCCACUAAUCAGUCACGGGAUUGGGAAAGACGUGGAAUGCUGUCAUGAUAUGGCUGCGUUGAACAUCUUGAAGUUGCUGUCUGAGUUGGACCAACAAUCUACAGAUAUGCCAAGGACAGGAAAUGGACCAAUGUCUGUAUGUGUGAAGGCAGAAAUUGAAAGUGACACUCUCCUCAAAACGGCUAACUCAAACAUGUUGGGACAAACACUGGACAGUACUGCCUGAAACCCAAACGAAGAUCUCCAACAGCCUGAAAGCACCAUAGAAAAUCAAACUCUCCUUCGUAGUCUGACCGUUUUAUUGCCGAAUGCUACCACUGAGCACAAGUCAUGGGUGACCCCUGGCUCCCUAACUCUUGUUUGACAACACCCCCCACCACUCAUUUCACUCACUGAAGGAUGUUCUUGUCCUACAGGUAGGGCACGGGUGUCCAAUUGUGGCCCUAUAGCUCCCAUAAUUUUUAGCCAAUCUAAGAUUGUAAUAUAGUUGGAGCGUCGCAGUUAGUCUUGCAAGAGUUAGAAGAGCUGCAGACUUGUCAUCCAUAAUCAAUUAUAGCAGUGGUUAAAUUAUGAAAUUAUUUUUUACUUGUGUAUACUUGAUAAUUUUAGUUUUUGAGUUUCUUAAUUGUACCCACAUUGUUCAAUUUAGAAACUUUUGAUACAUUUCAUUCUUUGAAAGAUCAUAUCCUGAUGUAGUCAUAUAUACAAUACGUAUGUAAUUUUUAUUUAUUUUUACUUUACUUUUUUUUUUUUGACAAUUCGUGAAUAAUGUUAGUUCACUUAUGUAAUGUGUGCCCUCCAUUAAAAAAAUAUAUAUAAUAAAAUUCUGUCUGACAAAUAGAGGAUUAAAUAUCCAAUAAAAUAUUAAAAUUACUUUUUUUUUUUUCCCCUUUAGUAAUUGUAGACAGUAUUAAAUAAUUUGUUUUUUAUUUUAUUUUAUUUUUUGAUUUUUUUUAUAUAUAUAUAUAUUUUGUGUGUGCAUUGAAAUGUAACAUUUGUGAGGCACACAAGCUAUAUCACUGCAAUUUGGGGUAUGAUCUCAAAAGUAUUUAUCAACUGCAGAUUUGAUUUUCCUUGAGUGCUUUUAAGAUGUUUAAUUACAUAUCCAUGUAGGGCUGAAAAAAAUGCCUCUGUUUAUAUAUAAACUGUAUUGCUAUAGAUGUUGUGUUAUUGUGCGUAGAAAUGCGCGCAGUAAAUAUUCGCAUAUGGUCCGUUCAAGCACGAUCGCUUUGCAAGUUAAGUACUGCUUCAGUUCAUUGUUUACGCUGGAAUUUUUUCUCCCCAUGGAAUGUAAGUCAAACGUAGUGUUUGUCACAAUAACGUAAAAGGAAAAAAAAUACAUUAAAAAAAAAAAUAUAUAAAUCAAACUA